GUCAAUUGCUAUUAAUGCAUCAUUAUUAUUAUUAAAGCUAGAAAAUCAGCAAGGAUUUUGUGUCAAAUGCUCUGUACCAGCGGGUUGGUAAACAGACGGUGGAGCUCACAUGUGGCAGGCUAACCAGUGAAAAGAAUAAAGAUAAGAUUAUGGCAGAAGAGCUGGAAGGAUGGGGGGCCACAGAUGCACCAAUGGAUGGAUACGCAUCGGAGGGAGAAUUGGACACACGCAAACUGAUGGCAAAACAGAAUAGGAAAAAUAAGAAAUCAGGCGGGUUUCAGUCCAUGGGUCUAAGCAACCCAUUGUAUCGAGGAGUUAUGAAGAAAGGCUAUAAGGUUCCUACUCCUAUCCAGCGAAAGACUAUUCCCCUAAUUUUGGAGGGCAAGGAUGUAGUAGCCAUGGCAAGAACAGGAAGUGGAAAGACAGCGUGUUUUCUUAUACCGUUGUUUGAGAAGCUACAGACCCACUCUGCUCAGACAGGCGCACGUGCACUCAUACUCUCACCCACUCGUGAGCUUGCCCUGCAGACCCUCAAGUUUACUAAAGAACUUGGCUGUUAUACGGGGUUACGAGCAGCGGUAAUAUUGGGCGGAGAUAGCCUUGAGGGACAAUUUGCAGCAUUACAUGAAAAUCCAGACAUCAUUAUUGCAACUCCUGGAAGAUUAGUUCAUGUCUGCGUUGAAAUGAACCUAAAACUACAAAAUGUUGAGUAUGUAGUUUUUGAUGAGGCGGACCGGCUAUACGAAAUGGGAUUUGCGGAGCAGCUGUCAGAGAUUCUGAAGCGACUCCCAGAGAUUCGACAGACACUCCUAUUUUCAGCUACUCUUCCGAAGAUGCUGGUUGAGUUUGCACGAGCAGGCUUAACUGAUCCUGUUCUUAUCAGAUUGGAUGUAGAGCAUGUCCUCUCUGAAAAUUUAAAGUUGGCUUUCUUUAAAUGUAAUCCAGAAGAUAAGUUGGCUCUGCUGUUCCAUGUUUUGCAGCAUAUCAUCACUGAUCAUCAGCAAACUGUCAUAUUUGCUGCAACAAAGCAUCAUGUUGAAUAUUUACACAUGGCUUUGAAUAUGGCAAACAUACAGAAUACAUAUUGCUACUCUGAUUUAGAUCCAGCUGCCAGAAAGAUUAAUGUUGCCAAAUUUCAAACAAAAAAGGUUCGAUGUCUGAUUGUGACGGAUGUAGCAGCUCGUGGUAUUGACAUUCCCUUGCUGGACAAUGUCAUCAACUUUAACUUUCCAGCCAAACCCAAACUCUUUGUUCAUAGAGUGGGUCGAGUUGCUCGUGCUGGGAGAACAGGCGUUGCAUAUUCCUUAGUUGCAUCAGAUGAGGCACCAUACCUCUUGGAUUUGCACCUCUUUCUUUCUAAGGAACUUCGAUUUGCUCCCCACCCUCCUGAUAAGAGCAAGAAAGAUGACUGGAAUUACAUGUAUGGCUCAGUACCACAAAAUAUUUUGGAUAAUGAAGCUGAACAGAUCUUAUAUAUGCACAAAACUUCAUCUGAAUUAACGAAUAUGAAGAAAGUGGUUGGUAAUGCGUACAAGCAGUAUGUUAAGUCUCGGCCAGCCCCCAGCAGCGAAAGCAUUAAACGCAUGAAGGAGAAUCAUUUGGUCUGCACUCUUGGCUUCCAUCCUCUUCUGGUUGACGAAAAUGUUGAUAUGGAAGAGCGUCGUCUGGAAAUGUUGGUGACCCUGAAAAAACUUCAGCCUAAAUCAACUGUGUUUGAAAUGAUGAAAACACAUAAAAGUGACAGUGUUCAUGUGGUAAAUAACAUGAAACAAAAGCGAGAAUAUGACAGCAAAAGGAUCGAUACCUUCCACAAAAAUGUGCAGAUGCAGCAGGCUUCCAGGGAAGAAAAGGAAGUGGCAACAAAACAGAUAACAGAGGAUUUGAAGAAGUUAGAGCAAAGUACUGAAGAGGAGGUAAAGAACACAUUUUCGUCCAUUGUGGGCCAAAGAAAAAAGAAGGACGAUAAUCAACAUACUGAGCUUCCGGGAGUUAAGAAUGGUGUGAAAAGGAAAAUUGCAGCCGAGAAUGGGCAUCAAAUACAAACUAAAAGAAUGAAAAGUAAAGAGAAUCAAGACUUCAAAGACAAACAGUUUUAUUUACCAUACUCACGAGAUGAUUUUGCUGAAAAAGGGUACUCCUUAGGCACAAGCUUCCAAAUGGAUGCAAAUAAAGUAUCUGUAGAACUGACGCAAGACGAUGACUCGAGACAAAGACAGAGUAACAAGCUGCAUAAGUGGAAUCGGAACAAAAAGAGAUUUGUUGGUACACAGGAUCAGCAGAAAAGAAUAAAAACAGAGUCUGGUGUAUGGAUUCCAGCAUCUUACAAGACUAACAGGUAUGAGAAAUGGAUAGAAAAGGGCCAGAAGAAGAAUGCAGAGAGCAGUGAUGAUGAGAAUGAAGCUGGAAAUAUUGAUAAAAAUGGAAGAGGAAACAGGAAAUUCAAAACUGUCAGCAAAAGAUCUGAGGGGAAGGCCCACCCCCUGCUCCGAGGCAAGGAAGGACCCAAGACUAAGCGACCACCUAGGAGAGAGCUCAGAACUCAAGAUGAAAUCAUAAAAGAGACAAAGAGAAAAGAAAAUGAACGUAAGAAGCAUCUGCAGAAUAAGAUAAAGAAGAGAUCCAAAAUGUCAAAAAAUAAAGCCAACCGUAAUAAGCAAAAUGACAAUAGAGAGAAUUUUGGUAGAAAGAAGCAUGGAAGAGGUGGUGGUCAAAAACGACGUUAAAAUUAUAUAAACGCACUACACUUUAUUUUACAUGUAAGUACAGUAUUGCAGAGUAGUGUGUUUGUUUUCAGUGGUUUCCCUAUAUAACAUUUUACAUAUUUGUAUGGGAUGAUAAUAGCAAGUACUGUAUAUCUCAUCUUUGAAUAUUUGUUUAUCAUUUUACAACACUAUUUAAUAAAGAAGGUAUAUUCA